AUGGCGGAAAACAGCUUGAUUCUUUUAGAAACAUCUUGGAGAAAAUUCGCAAGUAGUUAGAAUUACGGGUGAACCUCCAGCGAGGUUCAAGAAUGCCUAAACCUGAAAAUAGUAAGAAACGGAAGAGAGAAAACAAGAAAGAUGAAGAUCUCAUCAGGAAAAAGGGAAAAUCGAAAGGAAACGAUGAACAGACUAAUCCUAGAUUAGAGGUGGACAGCAACAAUGUCGCCAAUCUACCUUAUGAAGAACAGCAACAGAUUGAUGAUAUAGAUGAACAGUUGGAGGAAAAUGCGGCUAGGAACAAGUUAACAACGAUUAACGUGAAGAGUAUUUUGCACCAUGUUGUAUCAGACAAGAGAGUGCUUGCAAUGGUGAAAAGCGUGGCUGGUGAAUUUGAGAAGGAGGAGAAUGAAGUUACUCCAGGCAGUACUCCUGGAGACCCUGAUAUAGAGCUGGAUUUUGAACCAAAAAUGACCAGGCUAAAGAGAAAACAGACAAACCAAGGUGAUCCAAUUGCUGUUUUGGCAUCCCAGUCACCCAUGAAAGACUUAAGAACACAGCAGAUAUCCAGAAAAAAGGAGAUUCAUUUCACAGAGUUGGAACUUCCAGAUUCAUCAUCUGAUGAGGAAUACAAUCCAGAUGAGGAAGAGGAUGGAAGUGAUGAAGACACGGAAAGCUGUGUAUCUUUUACAAGUGACAUUGCCUCACCUCAGUUACCAAGCACACCAGAAAGGCAAAAAACAGAUGAUACAAAGGACAAUAACAAACAAUCAGGGAAAACGGUGACAAGAUCACUAAGUAAAAAGCUUUCAGAGGAACCAUUCAAAGUUCCUUAUCCAGUGGCAGCAACUAACUCAGCUCCACUUGAUGAAGAGAUUAUUGUUUUGGAAGAAGGUGACUUGAUAGCCAAAAGAACUCGCUCCCAGCUCCCACUCGAGGACAUCCCCCUUGAAAAAAUUGAAGCGACAUUCCAGCCGCCAGACUUCACUGCUGACAUGUAUGACACAAUCAAGGAAGAUGAUUUGGACUUUGAAGAUAUAGAAUGGCAGAAAUGGCUUCAAGGACUAAUAAACUCAGAUGAAGUCUGUGGUGAAGAGGAUCAUGAAGACUCUGAAUACAACUUUAUGGCUGAAGAUCAAAGAGAAGAAAAAGAGGAAUACAGAAAUGACAGGGCUGUCAGAAUUCCACAGAAGGAAGUGAAUGAAUUACUUGAAGAAUUGCUGAAAGAUUAUGACGAAUUUGAAGAUGCGCGGUGUUUAGAUGAGGAGGGUAAAGAUAUCAGUUUCCUGGAACUGCUCAACGUCAGGUCCUCCAUUGAGGAAAAUGUGAAACUACUCAAUACUGAACAGUUGGAGAGACUCACCGAACAACUGCAACAGCAUUUGCAACUCCUGACACAGAUAAACCUGAUGGCCCGAGAAGACGAGAGCCUGCAUAAAGAGGCUGAGCUAACUCGCGAGUAUGUCAACGAACUAAAAAGUUUCCAAGACAGAGCAUCCAAUGCACAGCUCAUCAGAGGACUAGGGGAUGGUGUUGUACAUAACUCAGCAUUUACCUUCUCAGGACUGGAGGAAGCUGUUGAAAUUGUUAACAGCGCCUAUGUUACGAAGCGAAGAACUCCAAGUCCUCGAAAAUGUAACGUACCCAAAAAAGACGGCAAAGCUGCUGCCAAGAAAGCUAAACGCUCGAAAUUUCUCACGGACGAUCUUCUCCCAUCGCCAUCGGAUACCAACAUCCAGAUGAUGGCCACUUUUAAAAGUGUGUUCCGUUUUAUUGAGCUUCUUCCUCAUCAUAACCUGUUACCAAGAACGGGUGACACGCCUAAGCAGCUCAAUGGACUCAGGGUGAAGUUCUCUGACGCUGAAGACAACCUUUUGGCUCUGGGUAUGAAGCAACAUGGUAAAAGGUGGGAGCUUAUCCAAGAACACCUGCUGCCAGUCAAGAGUCCUAAACAACUGCAGAUACGCUGCAAAAAUCUGCUGUCAGCCCGUGCUCCAGAGAACAUUGUCAAGUACUACCGUAGAAACAAAGUGCUGUGGGAAUUGCCAGUUAAAAUCAAAGUGUCUUCAGAAUUUAGCAGCCGUCGACCGCGUGGGAGGGAGUCAAUGGAGCCUGAAUGGCUGAUUAAUUAUAAAAAGAAGCAGAAGGAGCGGCGUGAAAGUCAAGAAAGGAGAGAGGCCCUGGCCAUUCAGCAGAGCCUGGAGGGUGCAGCUUAUGGCCGACCAAUUGCACCUAAACUCACCGGAGGAACGUGUGCUUUGGCGUUGCCGACUGUCUCGCCUACUGGAGAGCAGGGGAAGGUGACUUGGGUGGCUGUACCAAGAAGUGUCAGCCCAUGGAAUGUAAUGACGCAAAUGAAACCACUUGAAGAUGUGUCUAAAGGUGGAGAUUCUUUGCCUGAACCCAACGUGAUAAGUGCUUGUACAUCUCCAGACGUUAGUAUCUGCCAUGAGAGUGUCAGUCAAACAAAUGAGAAUCAUGCGCCAUCACCAGUUGUAACAGAAGAAGCAGAAGCCGCUGAUGAUGUCAUGAAAACCACCUCACCAGUGAACGAGGAAACUGUUGAACAAACACAAGGCAUAGCAGGACAAGGAACAAGUGUUCCUUCUGUAGAAUGUGAUCUUCAGUCUGCGAGUAACACUACGAUUGUGAAAGAGACUAAUGAAAGUAACAAAGAGAAUGUCUUGAAGGAAUCAACGGAUAAGGCAAUUUCGGAGACUGCCACUAACAAGCCUGCUACAACGUCCAAGAACAAGACAUCGCGUGACAAAAACGGAGGUGGUGUGACUGGUAGUCGUGUGACGUCAAAGUCACACAUCUCUGGGUCUGAGAGCGGAGGAAAUUCAGUUGGAACGUCGCGUAAACCCACUCCAAAUUCACAAGCGAGCUUGGCGGGAAGUUAUAUUCUGGAACCUGAUCCAAAGGUCAUAAACCGAGCACAUGCAUUUGCGGAAAGCUUUUUAGCCAAAGUUAAGAAACAGCUCGUGGAUGAUUCUGCAACUUAUGAGGAAUUCCUUCGGACACUUGCGACGUCUUCUGCUGAGCAAUGUUCACCAGUCGAGCUGUACAGGAGGAUUGAGGUAGUGUUGGCUCAGUAUCCGGGUCUUGUGGAGGAUUUUGUAGGAUUUCUAGAACCUCACCAAGCGGUGGAAGCAGGCGUGUUUAUGGCAAACUCGGAGUUUGUGAGGGCCAGGACAUUCCUAAGGAAAUUAGAGGUGCACUUCCAGCGGAGUCCUUCACAGUUCAGGAAAAUCAUCAACGCUUUCGAUUCAUGGAAUAAGAAAUUAGUGAAAGAUCCUUUGGAGUUACGGCAAAUCAUUAUUCCGAUGUUAAAAGGACAGGUCCAUCUUAUUGAAGAAUUCUACUCCUUUUUUGAUGACUUGAAACCGCCCGUGUGUUCCGACGACGAUUUUGAGGAAAUUGAAUUUGGAAGCGGAAGUGAACCAGAGGUAGAUGACUUUGAGGAAGUAGUUAUACCAUGCUUUAUGGAGCCUAAGAAAAUCAAAGGCAGACCAGCCAAGGGAGACACUCAGCAAAAAAACUCGAACGCAAGAAAGGCAAGAAAGCCUUGUGCGACGGCGAAAGGAACGAAACAACAAGGAAAUGUAAGCAAACAAAUGGGGAACAGGAACAAAGCCAGUCAAGCGAAAACUAGUAACUCAGGCGGAAAGGAUCUGUCAAAGGCGGAGGUUAAACAUGACAAUCUCACAGGGAAAAUUCAAGAAGAUAAUGCAGCGAAAAACGUGAAGCCUUCCUCUGAAAUGUCGGCAAAUACAGAAUCGGCUGAAGAGGGGAGUGGAAUGGAUGAGCAGAGAGCUGAAGUGAGCACACUUGAAGCACCUCUUUCUGUCACCACAUCACUACAAUCGGAAACUAGCAACGACAGCUUCCGCGGAGAGGAAGGCAGCUCCAACAAUCCCGACUCUUUAAGCCUCGAACAUGAUGUACAAGGCGAGCGGAGAACCUCCGAUAGCGAGGAACAAGAGGAUGAUGGGAAUUCCGACAUAGAGCAUGACGGGUACGAAGAGGAUGACGAUGACGACUUUAUGUAUGGUGACGAUAUCGAUGGCGACGUCAUCAAGAGUGACGUAGACGCCGAGGCAAGUGGAUGCGAUAGCGAUGCUGCAAAUGUUGUGUCUGGUGGUGCUGUGGUACCAGCUAAGAAUCUUCAACGUAGUCAAGACGGACAAGUGGUCCUGCUGUGGACAAAGGAGGAAGACAGAGUGAUAUUACAGACGUGCCAAAAGAUGGGCGCUAAACCUGAAACUUUCGAACGAAUUGCAAAGGGAUUAGAAAAGAAAUCAGCAGAUGAGGUGAAAAAGCGUUUUAUGGAUCUACUGAAUCUCUUUAAGGCUAGCAGUGGAGAAGGAAAUAGAGAUUCAAUAAACGAAGAUUCUUGUAGUGAGGAGGAAGAAGACGAUGACAGCGAAACUGUCGGUGAAUCAGAAGGAGAACAGCCCCGCGACUAGCGGUGUCACACUUGUAUUUAGUAACACAAUUGAGAGAGGGAACUCGUCACGCAAUACGAUUUUGUUGAGCUGGCAGCCAUCAUCCUAUGUAAUGUGCAACUGAGAUAAAGCUAGUGAUGGGAACGUAUAUUCCAACGAUUGUAAGUUUGGUGAAUCUGAAAGAAAAUUCAAAAUACUCCAAAAAAAGUCGGAAAGGACUUCGCGUGAUGAAUAGGUUUUCUUUACGGGUUUUUAAACGUAUGUG